AUGAGCGCGCCAAACCAUCUCUUGUGGCUUGACAUCGCGAUGCCCAUUGAAUGGACGAUCCGACCCGGUCAGCAUGUUCAAGUGUGGCUACCCCGUGCCGGCUCACGCGCUCGCCUCCAGCUUCUUCUCUUCUAUGUGGCUGUCUGGGAAGAAGACGAGACUGAGAAUCGGCGGCGAAUCCACAUGGUGGGCCAGCCUCGAUCCGGCCUCACCACUAAGCUCCACCAAGCAGCGUCGCACCGAGCGGCCCUGGUCAGAAGCAUGACGGAACAAGCCGACCUCGAUCAGCAAGCGCUCACUCCACAGAGCCUGGAUCCGACCUUGCGGCAACCGGCCGUCGUGCUUGGACCGUACGGGAACGCUUACGACUUCUCCCGAUUCGGCACCGUUCUCUUCGUAGUGGAGAGCGUUGGCUUUUUUCGAGCACUCUCAUAUAUCGGAAUGCUUGUAGAGGCGAGCCGCAAGCGUCAAACCAUGGUGCGGAAAUUAGAGAUUAUAUGGCAGGCGGGGGUGUUCGACUAUCCGCAGUGGCUGGGGCGCUGGUUCCGACGGAUGUUUCAGCUUGAUAAAGAAGGAUUUGAUAUUCUACAGUUCAGCAUCUACUGCUCGCAAGCCACAUCGGACCCCAACUCCCAGCGCUCGUUCAAAACGGGCGAGCGCGUCUGCUAUUACGAGGGGUCCGCCGAUGUGGAGAAGAAGGUCACGCAAUAUGUUCAGAACCAAUGCGGGGAGAUGGCCGUAGCGGUAUGCGCGGGGCCUCUGAUCCACGACACAGUCCAGCAUGUCAUUCAGCCUCAUGCUGGCCAUCACCUCCGCUUGGUCACCCUUGACCUCGGGCCUUGUCAUACGUGGGCACAGAACAACCACCGGCCGGAGAGCAGUGCUAGUGUCGAGGAACAACCAUCGAUAUCGACAAAACUGGGGAAAAGAAGACCAGAGGCGCGGUUGGCAGAUUCGCGGGCUUUGCAGACCCGGCGGUUGUCUGUGAAUGGUUCUCCGGAGGAGCUUGAGGCAUAUCGCCCGGGUUACCAACUAACCAGCCACGACAAAUGGUUGGAGCAGAAACUGACUGAGGGACGGAGACUGGGUUAG